AUGCCUACCGAGUCCCCAUAUCCACGCAUCCAGGUCCCAGAAGUCGGUCUGUGGGACUUUUUGUUCGAACGAAAGGACAGACCAUACUCGGAUGACCAUAUUGUCCUCCAAGAUGCUUACACCAAACGCUCUUACACGUACUCCCAAACACGCAAUGCCGCCAUUGACUUCGGCAAAGGACUCAAGGGUGCCUGGGAUUGGCAGAAGGGAGACGUUAUCGCCAUGUUUACCCCAAACUCCAUCGACACCCCCAUUGUCAUGUGGGGUGCUCACUGGGCAGGAGCCACUGUUUCGCCCGCCAACCCUGGCUACAGUGCAGACGAGCUGGCCUUCCAGCUGAAAGAUUCCGGUGCAAAGGCUCUGGUGACACAAUGGCCCGUUAUCGCGACUGCUCGGGCCGCCGCAAAGAAGGUCGGUCUACCAGAAGACCGUAUCAUUCUGAUCGGCGACCAGAGAGAUCCCGACAUGAGAGUCAAGCAUUUCACCUCGAUCCGCAACACCGCCGGUACCAACCGUUACCGACGUACCAAGGUCGAUCCGGAGAAGGACCUGGCAUUCUUGGUAUAUUCCAGCGGCACUACAGGUCUCCCCAAGGGUGUCAUGCUGUGCCAUAAGAACAUUGUUGCGAAUACGCUCCAAGUCGGUACAGCAGAAGCACCCUUGACUCCGGAAGACAGGAUCCUUGCCUUCCUUCCCUUUUUCCACAUCUAUGGCUUGACCGUCAUCUUGCACAUGAGCUUCUACAAGGGCUGUCGCACGGUAGUAAUGCCGAAGUUCGACAUUGAGGACUUCUGCCGCAUCACUCAGGAAGAGAAGAUCACAUUCAGUUAUGUCGCACCCCCAGUAGUCUUGCUUUUGAGCAAGCACCCUGUCGUCGAGAAGUACGACUUGAGCACGAUACGCAUGAUGAACUCUGGGGCCGCGCCUCUGACCAAAGAGCUCGUGAAUGCCGUAUACGACCGUACAAAGCUCAAGGUCAAACAAGGUUAUGGCUUGAGUGAAACCUCUCCGACCACUCACACUCAGCAAUGGGACGUCUGGCAGAGUACAGUAGGCAGUGUCGGCAUUUUAUUGCCCAACAUGACUGCCAAAUACAUGUCACCAGAAGAAAACGAAGUGCCAGUCGGAGAGGUUGGCGAGCUAUGGCUCAAGGGACCUAACAUUUUCAAGGGCUAUUUGAACAACGCCGAGGGUACUGCAAACGCCUUGACAGCCGAUGGCUACUUCAAGACUGGUGAUGUCGGCUACCAGGACAAGGACAACAACUUUUUCAUCACCGAUCGAGUCAAGGAGUUGAUCAAGUACAAGGGUUUCCAAGUCCCGCCGGCAGAGCUCGAGGGUUACCUUGUUGCACACGAGAAGAUCGAUGACGUCGCAGUCAUCGGCAUCUACAGAGAAGAUCUCGCGACAGAAGUUCCCAGAGCAUACGUCGUACCACGCAAAGGUGUCGAGGCCGGCAAAGCUCUUGAGGACGACAUUGUCAACUGGAUUGGCGCAAAGGUCGCAAACCACAAGAAGCUGAGAGGAGGUGUCAGAUUCGUCGAUCAAAUCCCCAAGAGUAUCUCAGGUAAAAUUCUACGACGAGUCUUGAAGGCACAGGCCGAGGAAGAGGCGAAGAAGGGUCAAAAGGCCAAGCUGUAG